AAUAAGUAUCAUUUUUUAUAUAUAAAAAAAACACCCAACAAUUGAGAUGGAUUAGCCACCGGGAAAUGGUGAAGGGGAUAGAGGAAGGGUAGGUUUGUUGUGGAGUCGGCUGGGUUAAUAAAUGGAUAAUAGAUUCAUAGCAGAAGAUAGAUGGAAAGAUUGAAGAGAAAGGUCAGAAGGGUUGGUGAGGAGGAGCCUUAUUUAUCCCUCCCUCCCUGUCUUCCGCUUCCUGCCUGCAGCAGCUGUUAAUAGUGCAGAGCUGUAGCUGCUGCAAAAUUGCAACGUGGAAGGGACGACUCUACUGCUUCAAUCUUUCUUUCGCCAAUACGCGGACUCAACUCCUCCUCCAUCUAUCUAUCUAUCUAUCGUGCAUAGCUGUAUAAUUUCUACUUCGUAUUGUAACUUAAAUUAUCGAGUUGAUGCAUUUUCUUCAUUACGAUGGAUAAAUUCCACUAGUCCUGAGAAACCAAUCAAUAACGACCGUCGCCACACCUUGAUCAAUAUGCAGAGCGUUCACUUUACAUUUUUUUCAUUGCCUCGUGACGACUUGUGAACUGUUGGAUUUAUGGUGUAAAAAUCUCCGAGUUUACUGAUACCAUAUACACAAGAGGUGACAUGAGACAAAGAGGGACUUACGGAAAAAAAACAAAGAAGAACAUUGUACGAGAAUAGAACGAAAUUAGGAAGAUUUAAGAAGAGAGCAAAACAUAAAUAAACGAAGAGGAUCAAGAGAAAAACAACGAUUAGAAGCAGAUGAUAUAUUUAUUCUUUGAUAUUCAACAUAAAUUAGCCAAUAAGCGGGAAAAAUAAAUAUAAACUCCGCCUCUUAACUGUAAUCGACCUAAACAUACAAAAUUCUAACAUAAACUCUGCCUCAUAACUCUAAUCGACCUACCACAUAACAAACUCUACACCGCUCGAUUUCAUAGAACAACGAAUACUCUCAUGUUUGCUUUCGUCCUUGUUGACAUAGUUACACACGUAUCUUUUGCUUCUCUAUGGUGUCAAACCCACCCAGAGUAGUCCCCACUAGUACACAAUACAUACUUGGUCGUGCCUCUCAUGUUCUCAUUCCCAUUUGACCUAGUCCUCCUCUUCCUUUUCCUUCCCAACCUUCCUCCCAAAUGUCAAGAACCAGUUGCUCCCAAUAACUCGAGUUUUUGGAAAAAGGUUCGGCUGGAUCUUAUACCACUCUCUAACACGGUCCCUCAAACGAAAGUCAACUUAUGGGCUUGAAGUUUGCACAGGCCCACCAUACCUUGUGCAUCAAUAAACUGUUAAUAUUGGGGGGCGUGGAGAUUCGAACACAUUACCUUUCGGUUCUAGGCUCUGAUACAAUAUCAAGAACCAGUUGGUCCCCAAUAACUCGAAUUUUUUAGAGAGGUUCAAUCGUGGAUCAUAUACCACAACACUAACACCAACACCCCAAAUUUCAUCCCUCUAAUUUCUGAUUAAUUAGCUACACUUGCCCAAGAAGAAAAUAAUCCCCAAAUCAUUACCCAAAAUUGAUAAUAAUAAAAAUUAAUAAUAAUAAUAAUAAUAAGCUGGAGCCGCGCUUCCAACUAGAAAAACCUAAUUAUUAUUAUUAAACAUUUUUAUUUAUUUAUAAAACCAGGCCUCAAGCCCUCAACAUGGUGGACGGAAAACAUGGGCAGGCAGACUGUCUUCUCUCUCCUCUCCCUCUUUCAAAUUUCCUUCCACCACUUCAUCAUCUGACUCCCCAAUCAAAUCAAAUAAUAUACUCCAUUUCUUUCCCUACCUUCCGCCACCGCCGCCCCGCACCAAUGCGCCACCGCCUAAUGUCUCCCCGCUCCAUCUCCUCCCUCUUCUUCCUCUGCCUCCUCCUCCUCUCCGCCGCCUCCGCAGCCGACGAUGAAGACUCCGACGCCGUCCGCAUCCCGCGUUCCAUGCGAUUCGAAAACCCCCGCCUCCGCCAGGCCUACAUUGCCCUCCAAUCAUGGAAGCACGCCAUCUACUCCGACCCCUUCAACUUCACCGCCAACUGGACCGGCCCCGCCGUCUGCUCCUACUCCGGCGUCUUCUGCGCCCCUUCCCUGACCAGCCCCAAACUCCGCGUCGUCGCCGGCAUCGACCUCAACCACGCCGACAUCGCCGGAUACCUCCCCACCGAGCUCGGCCUCCUCACAGAUCUGGCACUCUUCCACAUAAAUUCAAAUCGCUUCUGCGGCAUUGUCCCCAAAUCGUUCCGCAAGCUCAAGCUCCUCCACGAGUUUGACAUCAGCAACAAUCGCUUCGUCGGCGCGUUCCCCACCGUCGUCAUCUCGCUGCCGUCGCUGAAAUACCUGGAUCUGAGAUUCAACGAUUUCGAAGGCUCUGUUCCUUCCGAGCUCUUCGACAAGCCGCUCGAUGCUCUGUUUUUGAAUGACAAUCGGUUCCGAUUCGGGAUCCCGAAGAAUCUAGGGAACUCGCCGGUUUCGGUGCUGGUGUUUGCUAACAACAAUCUCGGCGGUUGUAUCCCGGGGAGUAUCGGAAAAAUGGGGAAGACGUUGAAUGAGAUUAUUCUGAUGAAUGAUAAUCUUACCGGUUGUUUGCCUGCAGAGAUUGGGAUGUUGAAGGAGGUCACGGUGUUUGAUGUGAGCUUCAAUCAUCUUCAAGGCUCGCUGCCUUCGAGUAUUGGGAAUAUGAAGAAGGUGCAGCAGCUCAAUGUGGCGCAUAAUCAGUUCACUGGAGUUAUUCCGGCGAGUAUUUGCUCGUUGCCCAAUCUGCAGAACUUUACUUACUCGUUCAAUUACUUCUCCGGCGAGGCACCCAGCUGUGCGGCGGUUAGACGCGGCGUGGCGGUUAAUGGGACGAGUAAUUGUAUUGCUGGGAAGGCGAAUCAGAGAUCUGGUAGGGAGUGUUCGUCAGGAGCUGCUCGUCCGGUUGAUUGUAGCAAGUUUCAGUGCGGCGGCGGCGGCGGAGGCGGUAGUGGAGGAAGUGGGAGCGGCAGCGGCAGCGGGGGUCGUAGACGGCCGCCGGUUAAUGUUCCGUCGACGCCCAAGCCCGCGCCGCCGAAGCAGCCGAUCGUUGGUGGAUCUCCACCGCCUCCAAAGUCUAGGUCGUCGCCUUCUUCUAGAUCACGGUCUCCUCCGCCACCGACGAGAUCUUUCCAUUCACCUCCGUCUCCACCGCCGCCUUCUUCGCGAGUUUCACCGGUGACUCAUCUUCCACCGCCGCCUCCUCCCACGCAACAGACAGCACCGCCUCCUACAGAAAAAGUGUCGCCAGGGACACGUCACGCGCCUCCGCCGCCAUCUCCUCCUCCUCCAUCACCACCGCCGCCAGUUUACUCUCCACCUCCGCCGCCACCUUCUCCCCCACCCCCACCACCGCCAGUUUACUCUCCACCCCCGCCGCCGCCUUCUCCACCUCCCCCUCCACCUCCAGUUUACUCUUCUCCCCCGCCGCCGCCGCCUUCACCUCCACCUCCGCCACCUGUUUACUCGCCGCCGCCGCCGCCAGUUUCCUCGUCACCACCUCCGCCACCAGUUUACUCCUCACCACCACCACCACCGGUUGAGUACCACUCGCCUCCUUACUACCAACAGUCAUCUCCACCACCACCGCCGCCUACUUACAAGCAAUCACCGCCACCACCAACGGGUGAGCAUCACGCGCCUCCUUAUCACCCGAGCUCUCCACCACCACCGAACCACGCGCCCGCUCCAGUCCCAUGCACAACUCCACCGCCACCACCGCCAGCGAAGCCCGGAUGUGAGCUCCCGCCGCCAGCGCCAACAAUGUCGCCGCCGCCACAUACGCCCAGCUACCACUCGCCGCAAUCUCCGCCGCCUCCACAUCACCAAAGUCCUCCACCACGUUACACGUAUUCGUCUCCUCCCCCUCCUCCCCACUCACCGCCGCCGCCAGCAGCUGAGAACGUGCCUCUGCCGCCGGUGAUAGGUGUAUCGUACGCUUCGCCGCCGCCGCCAUCGAUUCCGUACUACUAAGUUCGUCGUCCGUGGCGACAUUGAAAGGCAUUUGUAUAACAGAAUUGAUUAAAAAACGGAGAUUUGUCCUUUUCGGCUUUUCCUUAAUUUCUCUUUGGUUUGUUAUAUUGCGUCGACCGUCGAGGAAAAAUACUACAUUUAAUUCUUUUUUUUUUCUUUUAUCCAACUCCUUUAUCGUUAAUUUAAAUUUUGCACCGAAAAUUUUAAUCCAAGAGGUUCGGUUUGUUCAAUGUUCAUGAACUGAUUGGGUUGGGUUUAUGGUGUAACAAAAACAAUAACAGCUGGUUAUUACUUAUUUUCACAGCCUUUGAAACUUGAGGGACAAUGACAUAAAUAUUGUUUUUUUUU